UCCAGUAGUGAGAACCCACCAGAGAGAUGUCCCCGUCCUCUGUAUUCCCGGGACUCCACACAGGAACAUCAGGAGAUCCCUCAGGAUGAUCAACUAUAUCAAACUGAGAACGAGGAACUGAUUGUUAUUAAAGUUGAAGACGAAGAUGAGAUGUUUGUCAGUGGCGAUGAGCUGUGUAAAGAGGAGGAAAUCCCUGCAGAGAUCAGCACAGAACCCGAAAACUUUACAACUCCACAGAGAACUGUCAAACCUGAGGAGCAAGAAAUAAAACGUGUGAAGGUUAAAGAGGAGGAAAUUCCCGUAGAGAUCAGCACAGGAGGCUACAGUAAGAGAAGUCCCCGUCCUCUGUAUUCCCGGGACUCCACACAGGAACAUUACAAGAUCCUUCAGAAUGAUCAGGAGAAAGACCUUAGCAACUAUAGAACAGAAGACAUGGAGGAAAUAGGGACAAAUGAGAGGGAUGAUGAACUGCGCAGAGAGGAUGAAGUUCCUCCAGAGAUCAACAAAGACCCUGAAGACAGCAGAGCCACUAAGAGAGGCGUCAAAGCUAAGAAGAAGGAAGAAGCACAUGUGAAGAUUAAAGAGAUCGGCAUAGAUGGGCGAUACAGAAAGUACAACAUGGAAGAAAACCAUGAUAUCUCUCCAGAUGAUGAAAUAGAAGAUGGCGACAUCCCAUCCAAACAUCCAAUCACCCCAAACCUGAAUCCUGUACUUCGCAGUACAGAUCCAUCCAUUGAUAUUGGGGUGCGUUUUUUCUCUCAUCGUGAGAACAAGGAGGGUAGUGAAUCACACCAGCCGCCAGACCCCAUCUCACACCAGCGAGGUCACAUAGGCGAGAAGCCACAUUCGUGUUCGCAAUGCGCUAAAUGUUUUAGCUUGAGAUCCGGUCUUCUCGAACAUCAGAGAACUCACAGAGGAGUGAAACCGUAUUUAUGUUCUGAAUGCGGAAAAACAUUUGCAAAAAGGUCGCACCUCACAACACAUCAAAGAAUUCACUCUGGGGAGAAGCCAUUUUCCUGUUCCGAAUGUGGUAAAAGUUUUCCUGUUAAAUCGUAUCUCAUCAGACAUGAAAAAGUUCAUACCGGGGAAAACCCUUAUACGUGCUCGGAGUGCGGGAAGUGUUUUUUUCAGAAACAGCAUCUGCUUUCACACCAGAGGACUCACUUGGCUGAGAAGCCAUUUUUAUGCACUGAUUGCGGGAAAGGUUUUUCCCAGAGUGACCACCUUCUCUCUCAUCAGAUAAGUCAUUCAGGGGGGAAGCCUUUUUCAUGCACAGAGUGCGGGAAGUGUUUUUCCCAAAGGGACCAUCUUGUCUUGCAUCAGAUGAGUCAUACAGGAAAGAAGCCGUUUUCAUGUUCAGAGUGCGGAAAAUCUUUUACGUGGAGACCCAACCUCAUUGUACAUCAGAGGACUCACACUGGGGUUAAGCCAUACUCCUGUUCAGAGUGUGGGAAGUGUUUUUCCCAGAGCAAAAGUCUUGCCUACCAUGAGAUGACCCAUACAGGUGAGAAACCCUAUUCGUGUUCGGAGUGUGAGAAGUGUUUCUCUUUUAAACAUCUACUCAUUAAACACUAUAGGGCUCACACAGGAGACAAGCCGUUUUCAUGUUUGGAAUGUGGAAAGUGUUUCUUCGAGAGGAAACGUCUUAUCUCCCAUCAGAGAACUCACACCGGGGAGAAGCCUUAUUCGUGUCCGGAAUGUGGGGACUGUUUUCCUUCUAAACACUCGCUUACAGUUCACCAUAGAGCUCACACAGGAGAGAAGCCGUUUUCAUGUUCAGAAUGUGGUAAAUGCUUCACGACAAGAUCAACUCUCGCUAAACACUUGGCGGGCCACACGGGGACGAAGCCGUUUUUCUGUCCCCAGUGCGGGAAAUGUUUUUCUCGGAGAUCCUCGCUCAUCACGCAUGAAAGACUUCACACGGGGGAAAAGCCAUAUUCCUGUUCUGAAUGUGGGAAAUGUUUUACAGAUAGAUCAAAUCUUACUUCCCAUCAAAAAAUUCACACCGGUGACUUGCCAUACUCGUGCACAGACUGUGGGAAAGGUUUUAAAAGGAAGUCGGACCUGGCUUCACAUAAUAGUCGAAUCCACAAGAGAGAACAUCUUGGCUAACGGCAGGAGAGGAACUAGCAAAUGUGUGUUUCAGAUGUGUAUUUAGGCCUCAUAUAUACGCUAUGGGCCAGAUCCACGUACCUCCGCGUAAAUAUAAGCGGGCGUAGCGUAUCUCAGAUACACUACGCCGCCGUA